UCCAGUGACAUCACACGACUAACAUUUUUCUUCGAACAGGUCACCAUCCCACCAAACUAGUGGAACAACAAACUUGUGCCACGUCAGGACUUACGUUGUAGCUAACUAACUGAUAUGACAGUUAGCAAACUAACUGCAUACGACUUUUAGCUGUUGCUGAGCUUUACCAAAUACAUUGUUCGAAUGUUUUGGACGUUUCAGACGAAGCAAAAGUCAGUGUUAGCUAGCUCCUAGCUAGCUAGUAAAGUCAGCUGUCUGUCGUAAACAUACACUAGCUACAUUUUCAGUCCAGUUUACUUGUUAAAAUGGAGAACAAAUACAACCUGAAAAGCCCAGAAUGGACCAUUAUCAUGCACCUGUCUCGAAACAGGGGCAGCGGAAAAAAUACAUAGCGAAUGGAGGACGCUUUUCCCGGGGUUCAUUUUCAUGCCGGCCAGCUGUGAAGAGGCUGAUGAAGGAGGCAGCUGAACUGAGGGACCCCACAGAGCACUACCACGCCCAGCCACUGGAGGAUAAUCUGUUUGAGUGGCACUUCUCUGUCCGCGGGCCCCCGGACUCAGAUUUUGACGGUGGGGUUUACCACGGCAGGAUCGUGCUGCCCCCUGAGUACCCCAUGAAGCCCCCCAGCAUCAUCCUACUCACACCCAAUGGAAGAUUCGAGGUGGGAAAGAAGAUCUGUCUGAGCAUCUCUGGCCAUCACCCGGAGACAUGGCAGCCAUCUUGGAGCACUGUUUUCUCACCAGCUGUCCAUUCUUUGCCUCCAGUCAGCCUGCUACUUGAUUUCAUAGUCAGAACUGCACUAAUAGCUAUAAUCGGAUUCAUGCCAACCAAAGGGGAGGGUGCAAUCGGAUCCCUUGAUUAUAAUCCAGAGGAGAGGAGAGGCCUGGCCAAAAAAUCCCAGGACUUCUGCUGUGAGACGUGUGGCUGCUCCUUGCGCUCUGCCCUCCUAGGUCCCUCCCCCACUAACCCCAGUCCAGAUGACCAAGAGGACCAAGAGCUCGCCCAGCAGAUUAACUUCAAGGCAGAAGCCAGGCAGGCUAGUGAGAGCACAGGGGCAGAGAGCGGGCCCCCCCCAGACCCCUGGGGAGAUACGUCCACCUCGUGGGGACAGGAGGAGGAAGAGGCCCACGCUGAGCAGCAGGCCGAGGCAGCUCCGGCUGCCAGUGAGGACGAGCCAUGUCCCACAGCCCCAAGCAGCCGUUCUCUCAGCCCCCGCCAGCGCCGGGCCCAGCAGCACCAGAGAGAGCCCCCCAGCAGGCCCACCUUCCCUGCCUCCCCCCACCCCCCUCAGGGCGCCAGCCACACAGGCUCUGUGGUGCUCAUCAUGGUGCUCGCCCUGCUCCUGUCUGCCCUCAUCUUCCGCAGGAUCUACCUGACCAACGAGUACAAGUUUGACUACGAGCUGUGAUGACACUGACCUGAACUUCCCCAGACCACCUGACCAUGAUACCCUAGCUGGCAACAAAUUGACUUUAUCUCUUCACAUUGUCAGCCUAGAGCCCUGGAAAACUAUGGACAGCCCCCCCAUUCAUAGAGGGUUAGACAUAGCUUUGGGGACUGUUUCUCCCACUAAGUAAAGAGGGCUUGCUUUACAAUGAGGGUAGCCUGCAUUCCUGUGUAGGAUGGGGUCCACCUCCGAGGUGUCUUUUAUUACUUUGAAAUGACUCUAAACUGUACCACAUUUUAAAGAAAGGUCCAAACCUUUAUAGAACACAGACACUGUGGGUUGUAUUCACAAAAUGUCUGAGUAGGAGUGCCCAACUAGGAUCAGGUCCCCCAUGUCCAUAUAAUCUAAUUCAUUAUGAUCUCAAAUAAAAAUAGAUCCGCACUCCUGAGGUGCUUUAUGAAUACGGCCUGUAUCUCUACUUUUUAUUUUGUCAGGCAACUGUUUAUCAUGGACUGCUGCUUGUUCUCAUUUAAACAAGUUAAUGCUGUAUCAUAUGACUUGUAAACAAUGAAGACUACCACAUUGAUUUGAUUGUCUCAAAUAAUGAAUUGUGCACAGGGAAUCAAUAUGCAUAAUAAAUUGUAUACAGAUAA